UGAAGAAGUACGGCAGUUCUUCGCGAUUGAAUCUUUAGGUAUAACAGCUGAGCCGCGAGAAAACUCCGAUGACCUGCGGGCUCGGGCUUAUCUGGAACAGACUAGUAAAUUAAUAGAUGGAAGGUGGCAUGUUGGGUUGCCGUGGAAAGAUACUAAUGCUAGGAUGCCUAAUUCUUUUAAUUGCGCAAUGACCAGGCUAAAGGGAAUAGAAAGAAAAAUGAACGCUAGCGAGGGCUUUGCUGAAAGAUAUAGGGAAAGAAUAAACCAUUUGUUUCAAAACGAAUUUGCUAGAGAGGUGAUAGAUUUGUCUCCGAGCCCGCGAACAUGGUACUUGCCCCAUUUUGGUGUGGACAACCCGCACAAGCAGAAGUUGCGUUUGGUUUUCGAUGCGGCUGCAAAGUGUCAUAAUCUAAGUUUGAACGAUUACCUGCUGACGGGUCCUGAUUUGCUCGUUUCACUGCUGGGCAUAAUGAUGAGGUUCCGGGAACAUAAAAUCGGAAUAAUGGGGGACAUAAAGGACAUGUUUCUUAGAAUAAAAAUCUUACCUGAAGAUCAAGAUGCAUUACGGUUCCUAUGGCGUGACAACCCUAAGAAAAAACUUAAAAUCUGCGCCAUGACAUCCUUGAUCUUUGGUGCAAAUUGUUCGCCUUUCAUCGCUCAAUUCAUCAAAAAUAAAAACGCACAAAUGUUUGAGUCAUCGAAGCCAGCCGCGGUGAGCGCGAUCCGUUUACAGCACUACAUGGAUGAUUAUAUUGACAGCAUUGAAAAUAUAGAAACUUCGCAAAAAUUAAUAGAAGAUAUAACUUAUAUACACAAGCAAGGCGGCUUUGAAAUACGUAACUGGGCAAGUAAUUGUGACAAUGUUUUAAAAGUCAUCCCUACUGAAGCAUUGGGGCCUAGUGCUAUAAAACCCAAUAUUGAUCAGCACUCCGAACGAACUUUAGGCGUCAUGUGUUUACCUACAGACAUAGUUUCGAGGGGAAAAGUACCCACUAAAAGAGAAAUUUCAAGAGUUAUUAUGUCAUUAUUUGAUGAGUUUGAAUUUUUAGCGACGUUCACAAUCAAAGGAAAAAUAAUAUUGCAAGAAACAUGGCGAUCUGGAAUCGACUGGGACGAACCACUUAAUAAUGAACUUUAUUAUAAGUGGACCGAAUGGUUAAAGUUGCUAAAAUGCAUCGAUAAGAUGUACCUACCGCGUCACUAUCGCGCGGCCGCGCGCGCGAGCGAGAUGGAGAACGCAGUAAAUGAUGCACUGAACAGUGCAAGCGAUUAUAAUGCCUACUCGAAACUUACAUUACAUGUUUAUACCGACGCGUCAAUAAAAGCGAUGUGCGCCGUCGCAUACUGGCGUUGGGAAGAAAAUAAGAUAAUACGCAUUGCCUAUAAUGCAAGUAAAUAUAAGGUAGCACCAGUAAAACAAUUACUGUCGGUUUCCCGGCUAGAAUUUCAAGCUGUCGAAGCUAGAUUAGCGGAAACAAUAAUUAAACAGCAUAGAAAAUAUUUUUGGAGUGAUUCUACUAAUGUAUUACACUGGAUAAAAAAUAGCGCGCGAAAUUAUAAAAUGUUCGUAACACAUCGCUUAGGAAAAAUAGACGAACUUACCCGUGCAAGCGAAUGGCGUGAUAUACCCACAAAGCUGAACGUCUCCAUCGCAGCUACUGGAGAAGUGGUAACUUAUUUUCUAUGUUGCGAUGCGGAUAAAUGGCCAGCAGGGUCAUUAUGUAACUCGGUGAACGCUUUAAAAUCACAGUCACGACAACAAAUGACAGCGAUUUUUCGUUUUUGCGAUCAUGUAACACACAUCUCCCACCGAAAUGACGUCAUCUUGGAUCGUUCUCUGUCACGGUCACUUGUAGGGAUUUAUCCAAGUUAUAACGCAGUUUUUACGUAUCGAUAGUCAGUUUAAGCGAUUAUGUAAGCCUAGUGAUCAUACAACUGGGUGACACAGAAGUUGUCAAAGUCAAUCGCUAUAGAAACUAAUACCGAGCAGUGUUUUAAUAAAGUUUACUUGACGCCUGUGAUUCAAUAAUUACAAAUAAAAGUACUUUUAGGAUUUUUUUGAAUUUUGUACUAUACCUUGUAAGUAAGGUAUUAGUUUGUAAGUCAAUAAAAUCAGAAUUAGAAAAGUUUUUCAUGUAAAAUAUGACGAAAGUUGAGAAUAUAUAGUAGGUACCUACCUACAUACUUAUUUCAUAAAGCAGAAUUACAGUUUUAGAGUUAGUUGAAGUGAAUUUAAUUAAUUGUGUUAUUUUUGUAGUGUUUACCGACAUUGCCAUGUACAAUACAAUGCAUGUAGCAUUUGUAUUGUACGCGGAAACGGAACGAAAAAGAUGUCUUUGUCGAGUUCAUUGCAAAACUUUCGUGUCGCGAUACCAGCAGGUUUUAGAAGAAAUACAAAGUCUUCGAACAACUGCUGUUCGCAAUGAAUUAGAGAUAAGUAAGUUAUAUGAAUGAAUGAAGGAAUUUUCUUCAUUCUCUGCGUUGAGCAAGUGACGUGGACUAUGGGCCUAACCCCUCUCAUUCUGAGAGGAGACUCGAGCUCAGCAGUGAGCCAAAUAUGGUAUUUUUAUAUGGUCUUGGCAGCUUUAAACUUUUAUGCCAAUGGAUCAUACAAAUGGCUUUGUGAUGGCUAAGGCAUCUUUUAGCAAAUGCCUACAUGAAGUCGCUGACGCUCCUGAAUACCCCAGCUGUUUAAAAAAAAUGUGUUAAGUUCCCUUUGCAUUAAACACAAAAUCAUUAUAAAUAAAUAUGUGAUGCCAAUCUAAUAAUAACAUAGUGGAUGCUCAAUUUGGUGGUGCAUCUUAUGACUUGUACAUAUGGAAUCAGUGCAAUAAGACCACUUGAGGAAAACCUGCCCAAUAGGGACCGCUGUUGGUUGUUAGGUGACCAAUGUUUGCAUGAUGACCCCCAUCUUGGGAGCUGCUCCUAGAUCCCAUGAAGAUAUGGACAACGUUGCUGUGUCAGAAAUACGGUGGAGCCUUGUAGUUGGGUGCAUAUUGUAAAAUGUUUCCUCACUCCAAAACCAUGAACUCUGGUUUCCUAAACCCUCAAGCUAUGCAGCCGAAGGAGGAGACUUAUCACAGGAGAAUCACUAAUAAUUUUGAAGAAGUGAAGAGCUUAACAAUGUUUCAACCAACACCUAAAGAAGCUUUCACUUGGCUGUUAGAUCAAGGGCUGGAUACAGAAAACAGUAAUCCUUGUGAUGGCAGUAUUGUCCAAGGAUUCCUCACUCAAAACCAUGAUAACAAGUUGCUAGAACCCUCAAGCUAUGCAGACAAAAGACUGGAUAUAUUUUUUCGUGACCAAGCCUUCUGUAUAAUUAUUUAUACUUAAACCAUACAAAGCACUAUCUAGCCCCAAAGUAGGCAUACAGAGUAGCUUGUGUUGUGGGUACUAAGAUAGUUGAUAUUAUAAUAUUCUUUUACAUUUAUAUACUACCUAUAAAUACUUAUAUAAUGUAUAAAUACGCACACACUGGAAAAAGCCCAUGCUCUUCACACAAAUAUUUUCCAGGUGUGGGAAUCGAACCCAUGACCGUGGAUGCAGGAGCACUACUUACUGCGCCACGCGUAUGUGUUUUUAUUUUGAAGCAAAUUAUUAAAGUUGAUAAUUCAAAUUGUAGUCAUGUUUUUAAUUAAUCUAUAAUUAAUUUUUAAUUUACAUUUUUGUUAAAUAUUUACCUAUACUUCAGUCUAUUUUUGUUAGAGGGGGUACCUAUAUGUGUAAGUAGGGUCGUUUCUUGAUUAAAUUAAACUAAAGAAUGAAAGAUAUAUAUUAUAACAAAAUUUGUCAACAACAAUAUAUCAAGUCUGAAUAAAAAAUACACAAGUAAAUAUAUUUUUUAUUUUUAAGUAAUAGAUGUUACACAAAUAUAGAGUAUCUACUUUAACUACCUGGCCCUACCUGCUUAACAUUAAACAACAUUGUUUUUAAUCAAAUCAUUAUUUAUUUAUUUCCUACAAUGUGGUAGGUACAUGUUUUGUUCUUAAAAUUAUUGAAUUGUAUAGAUAAACAACUAAUGUAGUAUUAAAUUUUUUCUUUUACAAUUACUUAAAUAAUCAUCAUCAUCAUCAUCAUCAUCAUUAUAAACACAUAUUCGGCUCACUGCUGAGCUCGAGUCUCCCCCAGUAAGAGGGGUUAGUGCCUACCCGCACUCGGGAGACCCCGCACUGGAAAGCGUGGUUGGUCGGUUGGUUGGAUGUUCGCGGCUCAAGAUCGUUGUGCUUGGAGGUCCAUGUAAGAGGCCUAUGUCCAGCAGUGGACGUCUAUCGGCUGAUAAGGUAAGGGAAGGCCAAUGCCUAACCCCUCUCAUUCUGACAGGAGCCGAAUAUGGGCCAGCAUAUUUGGAUUACAUUGGCAGACAUCACAUAUGCAGAGAAUUAAGAGAAUUCUCUGGUAUGCAGGUUUCCUCACGAUGUUUUCCUUCACUGUUUGAGACACGUGAUAUUUAGUUUCUUAAAAUGCACACAACUGAAAAGUUGGAGGUGCGUGCCCCGGAACGGGUUCGAACCCACACCCUCCGGAAUUGGAGGCAGAGGUCACAUUCACUGGGCUAUUAGGGAUAAUAAUAAUAGUUAAAUAAUAUUUCCUCCUAAUAAUAGAUAAUAAAACAUAUUUUGAUGUGCAAUUUUACAAUAAAAUUUUUAUCUAAUACUAUGUAAUACUGAAAUUAACCAAAUGAUAAUAAUCAUAUUCUUUAUAUACAGUGAUGUCAUAAUUAACUAUAUUAAAUUAAAAUGAAAUUAUA